UGUGUCGUGGUUUGAAUGGUCGUUAUCGAAUUUUACGGCGGUUGCAUUCCGAUUGUGUGUAUGUAUGUGUUUGUGUGCCAUUCCUGCACCAGCUAUUAGAAUUUAACUGCUACUCCCGAACCCGUCAUCGUAAAGGUGAUUGUCAGUGAAGAACUGUUUGAAACGUUCAUUUGCAAUCUUUCUGCAAAAUGAUCCACUAGAAAAUGUACCAAACGUGAUGUGUUUAUAAAUUGCACAUUUGCCUCCUCAACUCAUUUAAUUCAACAAAUAUAAAAAAGAUUGAAUCAAAUUCGAUUUGCGGAUAAAAGUGUGUGACUUGUUAUAAUAACCCGCUUGUUAUAACACCAAAUCGUAAAACCAAUUUGCUAGCGCUCUAGAAUUGAAACGCGCAUUUUUGUAGCGCAAAGGAUCCUACAAGAGUACUGCCAGAGCACCCCACGCUCGGACGAGCUCGUCAACCAGUUCCAUUUAAGGCUUACGGCUAUUACUCAUACGGUUAGCUCCGUUCAAUCUGUGCUGUGUUCGUAAACAGCAAAAUUUGCAUGAAUAACUUUGUGUACUAAUCUGAACCAAUCUUGUUUGGUGUUACUCCAUGAAUAUGCUGCUUUUUGUGCACUACUGAAAGUGUCAUAAGUGCUGUUGAUCAGAGUUUGUGCAAUAUAUGCUACCGUCGUCGUUUGGCCGUGUCAGUAGUGGAACGGUGCUUGUGUCUACAAUCUACGUACGAGUACGUCUUUGUAUUUUUUGGGUUGUGCAUACAACUUCUACAGAGUUAGCUUUGUGAUUGCGAGCGAAGAAAAACGAAAUCCCUCAAGUGAAAGAUUAUCAAAAGAAAUCACUUAUAAGCCGACCUUUCGAAACCUCUUGAGCGUUGCUCCAGCGAUGGUAUUAGAAAAAAUAAUCUCACUGUAAAAAAUCCCUAUUCUCGUGAUAUUGAUUUCAGAAGCAAAGUGGUCAGUGACAUACACGGAGACUCCAUAUUAUAAGUUAUCUAAUUACGAGGAAAGUGAAGUUUUAUGAAGUCGUCCGAAGUUGUCAGAUUAAAAAAGUUAAUAAUUAAGUGAAAUGCAGUAAAGCUUCUGCCCUGUGCUGGAAUUACUUGAAAGUCUGAUCGUGAAGUUUUGUGGAAUUAUUACCUUCAAUUUGGUGAAGAAAAGUUUACUUGGCGGUGCUCGAUUAGAAUAGAAUAAAGGGUUUUGGAAGCAACACUUUCAACGCCAACGAAGGGAUCCUUCGCCGUUGUUUGAUUAUUUAUUCGGUUGUCAGUGUAACGCGGCAAACGCGUUGGAUUUCGUCAGAAUUGAGCCGCCGAUGUAUAUCAAGAAGGAGCGGAAAAAAGAAGGAGUAACAAUGCGUGAGAAAAAAGGAGGCGCCCUGCAGAAGCUGAAAAAGCGACUAUCGCACAGUUUCGGUCGAUUAUCGAUAUCACGGGAAGAAAACGACGACAGCACGCAGCACAAUAACCAUCAUCAUCCUCACCACCAUCACCACCACGGACAUGGCCACACACGUGGCGGAAAAGUGCCCUUCAACGGUUACACAUCAGAGGAGUAUCUGGACCGGCUGGAGCCCAACGGCAACAUCCCGGUCGAUAAAACAUACAACAAACAUUGGAAUAGAGUCGGUGACCAUGAACGAGUCCACCGGCAGCUGUCAGUGUCCUCCGACAGCAAACUGCUGGACGACGACAUCCGAGAAGAAACACGUGUGAUAAUGCGACCUAAGAAGCCUCCCCGGCCAAAGUCGGAAGUUUUCCUAAACAAACACGACCCGCAUCCUAGGAGAAAACGGUUUAGUGCUUUCGGGGGCGACUCUCCGUUUGGCAAAUCAGAAGCUUAUAUCAAACUAGAGCAACUUGGAGAAGGAUCUUAUGCCACGGUAUUUAAGGGUUAUAGCAACUUAACGAAUCAAGUAGUAGCACUAAAGGAAAUCAGGUUACAGGAAGAGGAAGGGGCUCCCUUCACGGCGAUUCGAGAAGCAUCCUUGCUAAAAGAACUGAAACAUUCGAACAUAGUGACGUUGCACGACAUCGUACACACGCGAGAAACACUGACGUUCGUGUUCGAAUUUGUGAAUACCGACCUCUCGCAGUAUAUGGAACGACAUCCGGGUGGAUUGGAUCAUCGAAAUGUGCGACUGUUUCUGUUUCAGUUGCUGCGUGGACUCUCCUAUUGCCAUAAAAGACGCGUCCUUCAUCGGGACGUAAAACCGCAGAACCUGCUCAUCAGUGAAAUGGGUGAACUGAAGCUGGCCGAUUUCGGACUAGCCCGUGCCAAGAGUGUUCCAAGCCAUACGUACUCGCACGAAGUGGUGACACUGUGGUAUCGACCACCAGAUGUACUACUAGGUAGCACCGAGUAUUCAACCUCCCUGGACAUGUGGGGAGUCGGGUGCAUAUUCGUUGAGAUGGUUACUGGUAUGCCAACGUUUCCUGGCAUACGGGAUACUUACGAUCAGCUGGAUAAAAUCUUCAAAAUCCUUGGCACACCGACGGAGGAGUCGUGGCCGGGUGUGACGCAUUUACCAGGUUAUAAGCUGCACAUGCUAGGUUUCUUCAAGUCCCGCAAACUAGGUUUAAGUUUUCCCCGCCUUUACGAUAUUAUCGAGGGUGAGAUGAUGGCCACCGCGUUGUUACAACUGAACCCGGACAACCGGAUAAGUGCCGAAGAUGCGCUCCGACACCCGUAUUUUGCUCCGUUGCCAAAAAAGUUAUACGAACUUCCGGAUGAGCUAUCCAUCUUCUCCGUGGAAGGUGUGUACCUGCAUCCGGAGCCGAAUCGCCUCCAUCCACACCAUAAAUGAGAGUUAAGACAAAGCAAAACCCUAGAUGCAAUACGUUAUUAUUGUUAAUAGUGAAUUCAAGCGUCCCCUAAACGCAAAAGAAAAGAAAAGAAAUAAUUAAUCCAUCAGAUGUAGCCGUAACUAGCAGCGCACGGGCACACCGGUGUACCCACAACCUCUUCCCACAAUUUUGUGUUCUGUGAUCAAGCUAAGAAGCUGAAUAAUGAUGUAGAACUUCCUGGUGGAUUAGUUUCGCGAGCCACGCACGCGUUAUCUAUAGUCGUCGCAAACAAAGUCACUGUAGCAAAACCCCGUCGGUGUCGGCAGACGAUUUCUCCGACGUCCAGAGGGGCGCGUUAGACAAAACUGUAAAGCAGUGGACCAUCGCUGGGAGCAUUAAGAUUCGUAGAAACAUGCAAUCCUGCAGGAUUGCCCCAGGAUAACUAGCUAACCAAUUCAUUAACUUUUCACUAAUCAGUGAUUUGAGAAGCAGCCGAAGCGACAAAAUGAUCCGGAUAGAAAGGUAUCUAUUCAAGCACUAGCUAAGAUGAAUGGUUUAGAUAACCAUUUUUCAUACCAUGCCACGAUUUAACUCUUCACAUAGAUCAUGCAUUAUUUUCUACUAUGCUUAGGUUCAUUAACAUAAUUAACAAAAGUGUAUUAUUCGUUGGAAUUUUACUUUUUAUGUCCAACUUUCCCAAAAAUUAUAUAAUUUAGUUUUUUUUUCUUUUGAAAAUUGGUUUUAAGCCUAGGUUCUUUACAAAUUGAUUUUAUCAUGCAGUUUAGGGAAACGUAUUAAACACAAAUUGUAUAUGAAUUAUAGGAAAAAAAUACUGAAGCAGGUAUCAUUCAGUUCCUGUUGAGAUCUCAAACGGAACUGGAAGCAAUUUGUAAUGCUAGGAGAGCAAAGUAAUAAAAGAAAACGUGAUUUCAGUUAAGCUUAUACACUAUAUUCUGUUAGGUUUGUAACACAUUUCUAUUUCCAGCUCACAAUACUAUACUAGAGUCAAAAUUUUACUGUUCUAGCUGUCGGAUAGCUGUUGAACAGCUGUUAGCGGAAUAAAAAUCUAAAGUUUAGACUAAACCAUAACCUGUAACGAUUGGAAGUGAGCGUAAAUUGUUCAAACGUUAGUGGGGAAUCGAUUCAAAAGUAGUGCAAAAGCAUGAUUGUGAAGAAUGAAAGUGUGGCUACGCAGAAAAUCGAUAGCACAGAGUGACCUCUUUUUUACAUUGAAAAGGGAUUGAAACGUAUUGAUUUUUACAGAACAUAGAGGAGCUAUUAAACUAAA